GGACUCCUUUCAUUCUUUUGCCCUACUGCUUCAUGGGAGGCAUUAUGGCCCCCAAGGACAUAAUGACAAAUACUCAUGCUAAAUCCAUCCUCAAUUCGAUGAAUUCCCUUCGGAAGAGCAAUACCCUCUGUGAUGUGACAUUGAGAGUGGAGCAGAAAGACUUUCCCGCUCACCGCAUUGUGCUGGCUGCCUGUAGUGAUUAUUUCUGUGCUAUGUUCACUAGUGAACUUUCAGAGAAGGGGAAACCUUACGUUGAUAUCCAAGGUUUAACUGCUUCCACCAUGGAAAUCCUGCUGGACUUUGUGUACACGGAGACAGUACAUGUGACGGUGGAGAAUGUGCAAGAAUUGCUCCCUGCAGCCUGUCUGCUUCAGCUGAAAGGUGUGAAGCAAGCCUGCUGUGAAUUCUUAGAAAGCCAGCUGGACCCUUCUAAUUGCCUGGGCAUUCGAGAUUUUGCUGAGACUCACAAUUGUGUUGACCUAAUGCAAGCAGCUGAAGUGUUCAGCCAGAAGCAUUUUCCCGAAGUGGUACAGCAUGAAGAAUUCAUUCUGCUGAGUCAAGGAGAGGUGGAAAAACUGAUCAAGUGUGAUGAAAUUCAGGUAGAUUCUGAGGAGCCAGUCUUUGAGGCUGUCAUCAACUGGGUAAAGCAUGCCAAGAAGGAGCGAGAAGAAUCCCUGCCUGACUUACUUCAAUAUGUGCGGAUGCCCCUGCUCACUCCUAGGUACAUCACGGAUGUCAUAGAUGCUGAGCCUUUCAUCCGCUGUAGUUUGCAGUGCAGGGACUUAGUGGACGAAGCAAAGAAGUUUCAUCUGAGGCCUGAGCUUCGAAGUCAGAUGCAGGGCCCAAGGACCAGGGCUCGUUUGGGAGCCAAUGAGGUGCUUCUGGUGGUUGGGGGCUUUGGAAGCCAGCAAUCCCCAAUUGAUGUGGUAGAGAAAUACGACCCCAAGACGCAGGAGUGGAGUUUUUUGCCAAGCAUCACUCGCAAGAGACGUUAUGUGGCCUCUGUGUCCCUUCAUGACCGAAUCUACGUAAUAGGCGGUUACGAUGGCCGUUCCCGCCUCAGUUCAGUGGAAUGUCUCGACUAUACAGCAGAUGAAGAUGGGGUUUGGUAUUCUGUGGCCCCCAUGAAUGUGCGGCGAGGCCUUGCUGGAGCUACCACCUUAGGGGAUAUGAUCUAUGUCUCUGGAGGAUUUGAUGGAAGCAGACGUCAUACCAGUAUGGAGCGCUAUGACCCAAAUAUUGACCAAUGGAGCAUGCUGGGAGACAUGCAGACAGCACGGGAAGGUGCUGGACUCGUAGUAGCUAGUGGUGUCAUCUACUGUCUAGGAGGAUACGAUGGCUUGAAUAUCUUGAAUUCAGUUGAGAAAUACGAUCCACACACCGGACACUGGACUAAUGUUACACCAAUGGCUACCAAACGCUCAGGUGCAGGAGUAGCUCUGCUGAAUGACCAUAUUUAUGUGGUGGGAGGAUUUGAUGGUACAGUCCACCUUUCUUCUGUUGAGGCAUACAACAUUCGCACUGAUUCCUGGACAACUGUCACUAAUAUGACCACACCACGAUGCUAUGUAGGGGCCACAGUGCUUCGGGGAAGACUCUAUGCAAUUGCAGGAUAUGAUGGGAAUUCCCUGCUGAGUAGCAUUGAAUGCUAUGACCCUAUCAUCGACAGCUGGGAAGUGGUGACGUCCAUGGGAACCCAGCGCUGUGAUGCUGGUGUGUGUGUCCUCCGAGAGAAGUGACAUUUGUUGGAGCAUCGUCCAGGGAUUGUGACUGGUCUGGGGGACAGACUGGGAGAAUCAAGGAUCCUUUCUAGAAUGUCUGUUUCUCACUGUGUGCAUGGGAGAUUAUAGUAACCAGUGCAGUUACGAUUGUACUUAUUUGACACACACUACCCCUCGUGCUGGUUAGUGGUCUCCAAGUGGAGUGGGUAAAGAUCCACGAAGGAAGAGCAUACUAAAUGGGUGGGAGAGGCCAGUUCGCUUCUCUUCUGGUCUCCAAAGUACCUUUUUUGGUCAUUUCUACCUUGUGCUUGGAAAAUAUAUAUAUAUACACAUUAUAUUGUUCCUCAUAUUGCAGAGAAUUAAGAUGAGUAGAGCCUGCUAAAUAUGGGCAGCAUUCGGCCUAGACCAUUGGAAGGAUACCCACUUGACAGAAUUUAAGUCUUCUAUUUUCCAGAAGCAAGUAAAUUUCCAGUUCUACUGGUAGCUAGAACACAGGUCCGUUUGGGAAGAAAAGGAAGAAAAAACCUGUCAGAACUGGGCUACGCUGAGGAGCUAAUGCUCCCACAGGUCAGAAUUAGUACAUCAGAACUGAAGUUUGAGUAAGUGAAGUAACUGAAUUUGAUGAAAUAUGGAUGAACCUAGAUCAUCACCAAAGUAUAACCUGGAAGACUUGGAAGGGUAUAGUAGUUGAAACACCAUUUCCCCAUGGUUUUUUUGUUUUUGUUUUU